CAUAAGAUGUAAUACUAAUUCUUAGAAUCAGAUGAAUUGUACACAAGUGUGAAAACAUUGACAAAUGUAGCUAAAUAAGCAGCAGCAGCAGUCCAAAAAUAGGCCAAGAAAACAGAAAAAUUGAUUGGGGAAAUAGAGAAGCCAAUCAAUGUCCCAUCUUUGCCUGCUGGUUUCAAAGUACAUUGAAUCUUAUCAUAAAAAUAGGUAGAUGUGCCUCACUUUGAUGUGACCAAGAGAUUGAAUAAACUUCCUCGUUCUUGGGAAUUACCAUAGGAAUUGUACAAGAAACAUCUACCAAAAUAUAAUGUCGGAACAAUAUAUAGAAUUUAAGAAUUACUCAAUGCUGGUGAGGGGUAACACUAUUAAUAAAAUAUUUAUAGGUAUAUAGGUUAGACUGUGACAGUAGCAGGUUGGGCAAGAACAGUGAGAGAUUAGAAGAAUCUUUGUUUCAUUGAAUUGAAUGAUGGAACAAGUUUCGGUGGUAUCUAGAUUGUGGUUGAAGACAAGAUUGGCAAUUUCGAACAAGUUGCUAAAACUAAUACAGGAUUUUCACUCAAAGUGACAGGAAGCAUUGUAAAGAGUCCUGCCAAAGGAUAAUUGAUAGAAAUGCUUGUUGCUGAUCCUACUAAACAUGAAGUUGUCAUUAUUGGAUAAGCUGAUCCUGAGGAAUAUCCUAUGGCAAAAGGAGUUUAGAAGCCAGAGACUUUAAGAUAAAAGGCUCACUUGAGACCAAGAGGCAAUUUCUUUAGUGCUGUCACCAGAAUUAGAAACAAUUUGGCUUAUGCAACUCAUGUAUUUUUCUAAAAUAAUGGAUGCUUGUACAUCCACACACCAAUAAUUACAGGAAGUGAUUGUGAAGGUGCUGGAGAAAUGUUCAGAAUCUCUACUAUCUUCGAUAACGAUGUCUCGAAGAUCCCACAAAUAAAUGGUAAAGUAGAUACCGCUUAGGAUUUCUUUAAGAAGGAAGUGAAUCUUACAGUUUCCGGUUAACUAUAAGUGGAAGUAAAACGAUGACUUAAUUUAUUAUAGCAUUUCUGUAUAAGUAUGUCCAAUGUAUAUACAUUUGGUCCUACUUUCAGAGCAGAGAAGGCUCAUACUCAUAGACACUUAGCUGAGUUUUGGAUGAUUGAACCAGAAUUUGCAUUUGCAGAUCUAUUUGAUAACAUGGAAGCCGCAGAAGGUUAUGUUAAGUUCUGUAUCAAUUACAUUUUGUAAAACAACAUCGAUGAUCUCCAAUUUUUAGACAAAAGAGUCAAACCUGGAUUGAUAGAUUAUCUUAAAGACAUUGUAAGCAAGGAUUUCGUAAGAUGUUCUUACACUCAAGGAAUUGAUAUUUUAUUGAAAGCAUAAUAAGCAGGAGCCAAGUUCGAGAACAGUGACAUCAAGUGGGGAAUGGAUUUGAAUAGUGAACACGAGAGAUUCAUAGCAGAAAAAGUAUUCUAGAGACCAGUCUUCCUUUAUGAUUACCCCAAAGAAAUUAAGGCCUUUUAUAUGAAAGUGACAGAUGGUAUAUUAAAUUCAUAUUAUUUUUAGAUGGAAAAUGCGUAAGAGCUAUGGAUAUGCUCAUUCCUCAAGUUGGUGAAUUGAUUGGUGGGUCUUAGAGAGAGGAAAGAUAUGAUGUAUUGGCUCAAAGAAUCAAGGAAUGUGGAUUGAAAUUGGAAGAUUAUGGACCUUAUAUGGAUUUAAGAAAGUAAUAGACUCCUUAUAUAUCGUAGAUAUGGAACAGUACCUCAUUGUGGUUUUGGAUUAGGAUUUGAAAGAUUAGUCAUGAUGGUCACAGGAGUUGAGAAUAUAAGAGAUGUUAUUCCCUUCCCAAGAUAUCACGGUAGUGCUGAAUUCUGAAAAGUUAAUAAUAUUAAAGUAUAUUAUAUGAAAACACAAAGUUA